AUGUUUUCAAAGACCAUCCUCACUUCUUUGCUAGUGACUUUGGCCGAAGCUCGUUUCGGUCAAGAACAAGGAAACGGAGCAAUUGCUGCCAUCACCGCCCUCAGCGACUUCGGAACCUCAGGUGCUGCCGCAAGCCUUGGAGGGGGCUCCAUUCAAUUCCUCCUCGCGGCUGCCAACCCCUGCGGAAAACUCACCCAAGCCGACGCCAUCGUUGCGCAACUUGGCGACGACCCCGCUGUCAUUUCUGCAGCGCGCGGUCUCGUAGCCGCCGAACAAAAUUUCAACCCUUUUGUCGUUUCCGUUCCAAAUAUCUGUUCUGACCCAACUUUACCUACUACAGCUGCUCUUCGCGGUGUUGUUCCUUUGGUCGAUCCGGCUGUAGGAGGAAGCGCCACCGAGAAUGCAAAAAGUGCAACGAGUACCACAACGCCGUUUGCAGCUGAUGGUCUUAGUGUUGCGGAUGUAAUGGUUGCGCAAGGUUUCUCAAAUUUUACAACCACCGAUGCAGCAGGAAAUAAGGGAACUCCAUCUGGAUCUUCCGCUGCGGGCGGAAGUGUGUCGACUUCGAAUUCCACUGCUAGUUCUGCUUCUUCGGGUAUUUCGAGUGUGGCUGUGGCUGCUGUCGCGGCGGCUUCUUCAAGUGCAGUUGCUUGUGGAGGUACUACUUUCGUAACUGUCACUAUGGCCGCUACAGCCACUCCCGCUGCUUCCUCCUCUGUCGCCUUAACCAACUCCACAUCCUCAAGUUCCCAAGCCUCCUCCAUCACCGGUCUCGAUUUCGGUCUCUGCGUCCCCACCAUCAAAUUCGAAGCCGGUCUCGACGGUCGCAAAGACACCGAAUUCACUUUCCAAGCCAUCGAUCCCUUGGUCAACAAAGGCCAGCAAGAAGCACUUAAUCCUAAUAUCAUCACCAAUCGCAUCUGCGAUCAGUUGGCUAAUGUAUGUAAUGCGAAUGCGGCGGCGAAGACCGCGUGUGCGGAUGCGAAAACGAAAAUUAGUGCGUUGGGUACGAAGGAUGUGACGACGGCGGAUGCCUGGAAUACGGCGUUGGGCUUUGAGGGCGCGAAUACAAAUCCGGAUAAUGCGCCUCAGGCGGGAUUGGUGGGCCAUACCUAG